AUGGAUUCUGCAGAAGCAGUACCUGCUCUGGUUGAGGAGUACUUGAAGAAAGAAGCUCAAGAGUUUAAGGCUGCUUUCACCUCUGGGAUCACUGAUGUGCGUCAUUUUCCUAGCUGUAGCCGCGAGCAAGUUGAUGAGAGCAUCAUGGACUUUGCAGAAGCAGUACCGGCUCCGGUUGAGACGGAGUACUUGAGGAAAGCAGCACAAGAGAUCAAGGUCAAUUUCGACAAGAGACAAGAGAAGAUGCAUAGGUUCCCUGCAAGCCUACGCGGUCUCGGCAGCCAGUACAUUGUGCCAAAGCUUGUGGCCAUUGGCCCUUACCACCAUGGCUCACCCCGCCUAAGGCACAUGGAGAAGGUGAAGCACGUGGCUGCUCACCACUUCGUCAACGAUUCAGGACGCUCGCUUGAGGAUAUCUAUGGGGAUGUCGUCAAGGUUGCUGACAAGGUCCGCUGCCUCUAUGAUGACGAUGUGCUGGCAAGUAUAAGCCCUGCUGAUUUUGCGGCGAUGAUGUUCUAUGAUGCAUGUUUCUUGGUGGAGUUUAUGCUUAUUGUUCACAGGGAUCAGCUUCCAUGUCCAGAGUUGCUAUUCGUCUUACGCUCCAACGCACGACAUAUCAAUAAUGAUGUAAUGCUAAUAGAGAACCAGCUCCCCUGGCUGGUUGUGGAAACCCUCCUCAACUUUAGGUCCGUGUCCGUGCAAGUGAAACAGUCAAUUUCAAGGUUGGCAGAAUCUCUCACAAACCGUCGUCUACAACGAGAAAAGAUCCUUUUAGGCUUCGAUGAAGAAUGCAAUCCGCUUCAUGUGCUUGGUCUCCUUCAUUUCUACAAAACAAGCAGCAGGACGGCCAUCAAGGUCAGCAAGAAGGCUUGCAUCAACCAUGUAUUUUCAACAUUGAAUUGUUUGAAAGCCCGAAUGAUUGCUGAGCCUAACCUCAGGCUUGUAGAAAGAGAUAUACCAGCACCCAAGAAAGAAAUAAUGUCAACAUCUAUAAGUGCCAUCGAGCUUGCAGAAAUUGGCAUCAAGUUAAAAGCAAGCAAGACAGGAUGUUUCAACGAAAUCGGCAUCAAGAAAGGACCCCUCUUUGGCGAGCUUUUCCUUACGCCACUAGCACUAACCAGCACAAGGGCAUGUUACCUUGUAAACAUGGCGGCCUUCGAGCUAUGCACGACCUCAGGGGAUGCAGAACAUCAUGAAGGGUUGGCCGUCUGCUCAUACAUCGCCCUCCUUUCGAUGCUCAUGAACCGGGAGGAGGAUGUGCACGAGCUACGAAGGAAGCAUAUUGUGCAAGGUCAACUCACAAACAAAGAGAUGCUACAGUUCUUCAAGAGCCUUACCAAGCACCUGAACGGUGGCCGCUCCUACACCCACAUCUUGACAACCAUUGAGAAUUACAAGGUCAAUAGGUGGAUGUGGAUCAAGGUGCACAAGUUCAUCUACAACAACUUUAGAACCAUUAUCACGGUAUUCUCCGUGGUCGGUGUUCUAGUGGGUAUCUUCAAGGCGCUCCUCUCUUUUAAGCAACACCAGUAA